UCUCAAAGUAUACUCUAAUUGCUACGUAGUAUACAAAAAUCUAUUCGCGUUGAAUAAUUAGUCAGCCAAUUUUGUGACUACUGUAGUAAUUUCUAUAGCCACGUUGGGUGUUAAAAACCAAUUAAAACUAUUAAAAUAAAGUGUGGUUUGUUUCAAACUCGCCCGUCAUUUCGAAAUCAGCUCUCAUUGUGUAAACAGCGGCUGACUAAACCAUACGAGUUUUCAUAAGGGUGGGACAGUUUGAAGAUUUCUCAGUAUGUACCCAUUCUUGCUCAGCUUAUUUUCAUUUACAUACUCAGGAAAUGAAAUUUUCCAUUCAGUCUUGAGAUUUGAUUUCUCCUUACUAAUACUGCUUACUUAUAAACUUGUUUUUCCAAUCAAACUGUUUGGAAAAAAAUCAUCAAAAAUCAUGGACAGCUUGAAAUGUCAAGUUGACAAUACUGUGGCUUCUCACAAUGUGACCAUCGACAAGAGCAGCCAAGACGAUAAUCAUAUUGAUAAUCGAAGGUAUUAUAUUAACAUUGGGAACACUAAAGACAGUGAAGAAGUAGCCCGAUUGCAAAAGCUGAUUUUGACGCAAAACGAAGCGGAAAGUAAACGUACAAUGGAACUACUUGCGCUUCUAAAUUUGAAGAACAAUCCAGAAGAGCAGAAAAAAGCCUCUGCCGUUGGGCCGGCGGUGGAUGUGGCACAGAACUUGCGACAUCUAUCAGCAUCAGCUGGAGGAACACGUAGACUUCGUUCGUGUCACGGAACAUAUCUUCGUGCAUACGACAAAGGAUUGAAGGUGGACAUGAAGACGGGCGCACCUGGUACAUGGGAAAAUUGGUGGGUCGAGGACCGGAAGGGAAAAGUCGUGUUCAAGGCUAUUCAUUCUCCAGGAAUAUUCCUAAGUGCUCAGGGUAACAACCAAUUGACUCUCGAUUAUCAUGUUAAUGCAUCUGAAUUCUGGACACCGAAGAAAAACGACAACGGAUCCUGGUCUUUUCAAAGUGCUAACGGAACUUGGCUCAGUGCACACAAAGAUGGGCGAGCUUGCCUUCAGCCUCACCGUCAAGCAUGGGAAGAAUUCUGGCUUGAGUGGUGGUAGCUGAAUGAUAUUGCAUUUAUUCAUUUAUGUAUGUUAAUGAAAUAAACACGUUGUCUUGGUU